AUGUUGUCCUGUCUUAUGUUUCAUGGAAUUCCGACUGACGAAACUAUUAGUUCUGAUGUUGCCAGUAUUCAAUUUGAAUUUUCGCUGAAAGACUUUAUCAUUGGUUUGCAAAGUAGUAUAAUAAUGUUUCCUAUAAACUUUGCCAUUAUUGAACUCUUUGUGCGAUCAAAAACAAAACAGCUUCAUAAAGAAAAAUAUAUGGAAAUUGAUGUAAACCGUCCAACGUCAAGUGAUGAAAAAGGAUCAGAUAAAGAAGAUAAUGAAAUUGUGGCAGUAAAACGAUGGAUGUUUCCAUGGUGGGUUAUAUACGUUGCAUGGACCACAACUAUUUUGACAUCGUUGGCUUCGUCAUAUUUUGUUAUGCUGUAUGGAUUAAAAUAUGGCUACUAUGAAAGUUUGAAUUGGCUAGUCUCCUUUCUUACAGCAUUUGUUGAUGAUGUCUUUUUAAUGGAACCUAUUAGUGUUGUGUUUUUUGCCAUGUUGUUCACAUUUAUAUUGAAACGGGAGAUUAAAAUAGAUUCUGCUCCAGCAUUGAUUGUACACAAACCAGAAGGUAAGUUUGUUAAUCUUAAAUAG